GAGGAUGUUAAGAUCAUUCAUAAAGCAAACUGGUUAGAGAGUGCGACUGAGAGUCAAUUAGACAGUGAAGAUGCAGUGCUUUAGGCCUCGGGGCAAGAAGCCAGCGCGUGAAACUGAAAAGACAGCGGUGGUAGAGGAGAGACAGCAGCUGAGUCAAAGUCAGCCGGUCGGCAGAGAUGACAAUGAGGUUCAGCAGGCCUCCAAAUAUCAGCUCAGCAGGCUCAUGCGUCCGGACGACAGCAACCUUGCAGGCAACGUCCAUGGAGGCAUCAUCCUGAAAAUGAUUGAGGAAGCCGGAUGCAUCAUCGGCACUCGACACUGCAACGUACAGAAUGGGGACCGCUGUUUAGCAGCUCUGGUUCGGGUGGAGAAGACGGAGUUCCUGUCGCCUAUGUUCAUCGGCGAGGUCGCACAUGUCACUGCUGAGAUCACCUUCACCUCCAAGCACUCACUGGAGGUUCAGGUCAAAGUCAUUGGCGAGAACGUCCUCACAGGUGCGAAAAAGCUGGCGAGUAAGGCGGCUCUGUGGUACGUCCCUUGCUCCCUGAAGAACGUUGAAAAGAUCAUGGAAGUGCCGCCCAUCAAGUACGCCAGUGCUGAGCAAGAGGAAGAAGGCAGGAAGCGCUAUGAAGCCCAAAAGAUGGAGAGAAUGGAGACCAAAGCUAGGAUUGAAGAGGCAGUGGCACCCCCAGCCAACCCAGCAGAUGAACCCAAAGAGCAGCACACAGUUGGCUUCAGUCAGUCCAGUCUGAUCCACCUGGUGGGUCCUUCUGACUGCACACUACAUGAUUAUGUUCACGGAGGUGCGACCAUGAAGCUGAUGGAUGAAGUGGCCGGCAUCGUGGCAGCCCGACACUGCAACACCAAUAUUGUCACCGCGUCUGUGGAUGCCAUCAACUUCCACCGCAAGAUCAAGAAAGGCUGUGUGCUGACAGUGACAGGGCGACUCACAUUUAUCAGUAACAAGUCGAUGGAGAUUGAGGUAAUGGUGGAUGCAUCGUCGAUGGUGGAGGCGGAGAUGAGGAAAUAUCGCGCCGUCACAGCCUUCUUCACCUACAUCUCACUGGACAAGGACAAUAAGCCUCUACCUGUCCCUUCUCUUAAGAUUGAAAGCGAGGAUGAGCAGAGACGCUUCGAUGAAGGCAAAGCGCGCUACCUCCAGAAUAAGGCAAAGAGACUGUCUAACAACCAGGGCCAGCAGUGACACCCAUGACGACACAACAUCUACCCCAAACAACACAUGAUGGAAAUAAAAGCCCUCUGUUUCUUGUUCCAUAAUUGUAGCCUCCAGUUAAACCUAAACCUGUGAUUAUUUCUCUUGUGUGCUACGCACCAAAGUAUCUGCCUAUAGCUGUGUGUAAAACAGAGUACAUAUUUUAUUUUCCGGAUAUUUUUAUUGAUGUAUGAAGACUAUUUAUGAACGCUGUCAGCGCAAGGUGAGUUGGACUGUAUUUAGAAGUACUACUUAUGAAGACUUCGCCAUGAGUGUCAGUGCCAAGUGAUAGUCUGAACGCAAGGAAAAGCAAUGAAUAAGUGAGUGAAUAAUAAUGAAUAAAAGAUUCAAGCGUGA